CUCCAACUAACACAACUGUAUCAACAACAACUACCCCAACUCUAACUACCACCAAAUCAAUAACUCCAACUUCUACCACUGUAUUGACUACUACCUCAGCUAUAACUACAGAAGUAAUCCACUUCAAAAUCAACUUCACCCUCUCCAACCUGACCUUCUCUCCAGAAAUGCUGGACCCAAACAGCCCAGUCAGAGGCAAUGUGACCAGUCUGGUGAUCCAAGCCUUCAAAAACAGCAGUUUGGCUUCUACCUUUUCUACUUGCAAACUGGUUUCUUUCAGUGCUGGGUUCACCAGCGGUACGGCAGUCAGCCUCGAUUGCACCUUCCUCAACAACACAUCAGUAUCUCCCAUUGACAAAGUGACAGCUUACAAGAAGCUGAAUGAGGAAACCAAGAACUGCACCUCCUUGGGACCAUAUACAAUGAACAGCGAUAGUCUCUACGUAAACGGGUAUCAUGAAAAUCCACCUCUACCUCCCCUGAAAGUAAUCCACUUGAAAGUCAACUUCACCCUCUCCAACCUGACCUUCUCUCCAGAAAUGCUGGACCCAAACAGCCCAGUCAGAGGCAAUGUGACCAGUCUGGUGAUCCAAGCCUUCAAAAACAGCAGUUUGGCUUCUACCUUUUCUACUUGCAAACUGGUUUCUUUCAGUGCUGGGUUCACCAGCGGUACGGCAGUCAGCCUCGAUUGCACCUUCCUCAACAACACAUCAGUAUCUCCCAUUGACAAAGUGACAGCUUACAAGAAGCUGAAUGAGGAAACCAAGAACUGCACCUCCUUGGGACCAUAUACAAUGAACAGCGAUAGUCUCUACGUAAACGGGUAUCAUGAAAAUCCACCUCUACCUCCCCUGAAAGUAAUCCACUUGAAAGUCAACUUCACCCUCUCCAACCUGACCUUCUCUCCAGAAAUGCUGGACCCAAACAGCCCAGUCAGAGGCAAUGUGACCAGUCUGGUGAUCCAAGCCUUCAAAAACAGCAGUUUGGCUUCUACCUUUUCUACUUGCAAACUGGUUUCUUUCAGUGCUGGGUUCACCAGCGGUACGGCAGUCAGCCUCGAUUGCACCUUCCUCAACAACACAUCAGUAUCUCCCAUUGACAAAGUGACAGCUUACAAGAAGCUGAAUGAGGAAACCAAGAACUGCACCUCCUUGGGACCAUAUACAAUGAACAGCGAUAGUCUCUACGUAAACGGGUAUCAUGAAAAUCCACCUCUACCUCCCCUGAAAGUAAUCCACUUGAAAGUCAACUUCACCCUCUCCAACCUGACCUUCUCUCCAGAAAUGCUGGACCCAAACAGCCCAGUCAGAGGCAAUGUGACCAGUCUGGUGAUCCAAGCCUUCAAAAACAGCAGUUUGGCUUCUACCUUUUCUACUUGCAAACUGGUUUCUUUCAGUGCUGGGUUCACCAGCGGUACGGCAGUCAGCCUCGAUUGCACCUUCCUCAACAACACAUCAGUAUCUCCCAUUGACAAAGUGACAGCUUACAAGAAGCUGAAUGAGGAAACCAAGAACUGCACCUCCUUGGGACCAUAUACAAUGAACAGCGAUAGUCUCUACGUAAACGGGUAUCAUGAAAAUCCACCUCUACCUCCCCUGAAAGUAAUCCACUUGAAAGUCAACUUCACCCUCUCCAACCUGACCUUCUCUCCAGAAAUGCUGGACCCAAACAGCCCAGUCAGAGGCAAUGUGACCAGUCUGGUGAUCCAAGCCUUCAAAAACAGCAGUUUGGCUUCUACCUUUUCUACUUGCAAACUGGUUUCUUUCAGUGCUGGGUUCACCAGCGGUACGGCAGUCAGCCUCGAUUGCACCUUCCUCAACAACACAUCAGUAUCUCCCAUUGACAAAGUGACAGCUUACAAGAAGCUGAAUGAGGAAACCAAGAACUGCACCUCCUUGGGACCAUAUACAAUGAACAGCGAUAGUCUCUACGUAAACGGGUAUCAUGAAAAUCCACCUCUACCUCCCCUGAAAGUAAUCCACUUGAAAGUCAACUUCACCCUCUCCAACCUGACCUUCUCUCCAGAAAUGCUGGACCCAAACAGCCCAGUCAGAGGCAAUGUGACCAGUCUGGUGAUCCAAGCCUUCAAAAACAGCAGUUUGGCUUCUACCUUUUCUACUUGCAAACUGGUUUCUUUCAGUGCUGGGUUCACCAGCGGUACGGCAGUCAGCCUCGAUUGCACCUUCCUCAACAACACAUCAGUAUCUCCCAUUGACAAAGUGACAGCUUACAAGAAGCUGAAUGAGGAAACCAAGAACUGCACCUCCUUGGGACCAUAUACAAUGAACAGCGAUAGUCUCUACGUAAACGGGUAUCAUGAAAAUCCACCUCUACCUCCCCUGAAAGUAAUCCACUUGAAAGUCAACUUCACCCUCUCCAACCUGACCUUCUCUCCAGAAAUGCUGGACCCAAACAGCCCAGUCAGAGGCAAUGUGACCAGUCUGGUGAUCCAAGCCUUCAAAAACAGCAGUUUGGCUUCUACCUUUUCUACUUGCAAACUGGUUUCUUUCAGUGCUGGGUUCACCAGCGGUACGGCAGUCAGCCUCGAUUGCACCUUCCUCAACAACACAUCAGUAUCUCCCAUUGACAAAGUGACAGCUUACAAGAAGCUGAAUGAGGAAACCAAGAACUGCACCUCCUUGGGACCAUAUACAAUGAACAGCGAUAGUCUCUACGUAAACGGGUAUCAUGAAAAUCCACCUCUACCUCCCCUGAAAGUAAUCCACUUGAAAGUCAACUUCACCCUCUCCAACCUGACCUUCUCUCCAGAAAUGCUGGACCCAAACAGCCCAGUCAGAGGCAAUGUGACCAGUCUGGUGAUCCAAGCCUUCAAAAACAGCAGUUUGGCUUCUACCUUUUCUACUUGCAAACUGGUUUCUUUCAGUGCUGGGUUCACCAGCGGUACGGCAGUCAGCCUCGAUUGCACCUUCCUCAACAACACAUCAGUAUCUCCCAUUGACAAAGUGACAGCUUACAAGAAGCUGAAUGAGGAAACCAAGAACUGCACCUCCUUGGGACCAUAUACAAUGAACAGCGAUAGUCUCUACGUAAACGGGUAUCAUGAAAAUCCACCUCUACCUCCCCUGAAAGUAAUCCACUUGAAAGUCAACUUCACCCUCUCCAACCUGACCUUCUCUCCAGAAAUGCUGGACCCAAACAGCCCAGUCAGAGGCAAUGUGACCAGUCUGGUGAUCCAAGCCUUCAAAAACAGCAGUUUGGCUUCUACCUUUUCUACUUGCAAACUGGUUUCUUUCAGUGCUGGGUUCACCAGCGGUACGGCAGUCAGCCUCGAUUGCACCUUCCUCAACAACACAUCAGUAUCUCCCAUUGACAAAGUGACAGCUUACAAGAAGCUGAAUGAGGAAACCAAGAACUGCACCUCCUUGGGACCAUAUACAAUGAACAGCGAUAGUCUCUACGUAAACGGGUAUCAUGAAAAUCCACCUCUACCUCCCCUGAAAGUAAUCCACUUGAAAGUCAACUUCACCCUCUCCAACCUGACCUUCUCUCCAGAAAUGCUGGACCCAAACAGCCCAGUCAGAGGCAAUGUGACCAGUCUGGUGAUCCAAGCCUUCAAAAACAGCAGUUUGGCUUCUACCUUUUCUACUUGCAAACUGGUUUCUUUCAGUGCUGGGUUCACCAGCGGUACGGCAGUCAGCCUCGAUUGCACCUUCCUCAACAACACAUCAGUAUCUCCCAUUGACAAAGUGACAGCUUACAAGAAGCUGAAUGAGGAAACCAAGAACUGCACCUCCUUGGGACCAUAUACAAUGAACAGCGAUAGUCUCUACGUAAACGGGUAUCAUGAAAAUCCACCUCUACCUCCCCUGAAAGUAAUCCACUUGAAAGUCAACUUCACCCUCUCCAACCUGACCUUCUCUCCAGAAAUGCUGGACCCAAACAGCCCAGUCAGAGGCAAUGUGACCAGUCUGGUGAUCCAAGCCUUCAAAAACAGCAGUUUGGCUUCUACCUUUUCUACUUGCAAACUGGUUUCUUUCAGUGCUGGGUUCACCAGCGGUACGGCAGUCAGCCUCGAUUGCACCUUCCUCAACAACACAUCAGUAUCUCCCAUUGACAAAGUGACAGCUUACAAGAAGCUGAAUGAGGAAACCAAGAACUGCACCUCCUUGGGACCAUAUACAAUGAACAGCGAUAGUCUCUACGUAAACGGGUAUCAUGAAAAUCCACCUCUACCUCCCCUGAAAGUAAUCCACUUGAAAGUCAACUUCACCCUCUCCAACCUGACCUUCUCUCCAGAAAUGCUGGACCCAAACAGCCCAGUCAGAGGCAAUGUGACCAGUCUGGUGAUCCAAGCCUUCAAAAACAGCAGUUUGGCUUCUACCUUUUCUACUUGCAAACUGGUUUCUUUCAGUGCUGGGUUCACCAGCGGUACGGCAGUCAGCCUCGAUUGCACCUUCCUCAACAACACAUCAGUAUCUCCCAUUGACAAAGUGACAGCUUACAAGAAGCUGAAUGAGGAAACCAAGAACUGCACCUCCUUGGGACCAUAUACAAUGAACAGCGAUAGUCUCUACGUAAACGGGUAUCAUGAAAAUCCACCUCUACCUCCCCUGAAAGUAAUCCACUUGAAAGUCAACUUCACCCUCUCCAACCUGACCUUCUCUCCAGAAAUGCUGGACCCAAACAGCCCAGUCAGAGGCAAUGUGACCAGUCUGGUGAUCCAAGCCUUCAAAAACAGCAGUUUGGCUUCUACCUUUUCUACUUGCAAACUGGUUUCUUUCAGUGCUGGGUUCACCAGCGGUACGGCAGUCAGCCUCGAUUGCACCUUCCUCAACAACACAUCAGUAUCUCCCAUUGACAAAGUGACAGCUUACAAGAAGUUGAAUGAGGAAACCAAGAACUGCACCUCCUUGGGACCAUAUACAAUGAACAGCAAUAGUCUCUACGUAAACGGGUAUCAUGAAAAUCCACCUCUACCUCCUCUGAAACUCAUCAACUUUGUAGUCAACUUCACCCUCUCCAGCCUGCCCUUCUCUCCAGAACUGCUGGACCCAAAGAGCCCAGUCAAAGACAAUGUGACCAGUCUGGUGAACCAAGCCUUCAAAAACAGCAGUUUGGCUUCUACCUUUUCUACCUGCAAACUGGUUUCUUUCAGUGCUGGGUCCACCAGCGGUACGGCAGUCAGCCUUGAUUGCACCUUCCUCAACAACACAUCAGUAUCUCCCAUUGACAAAGUGACAGCUUACAAGAAACUGAAUGAGGAAACCAAGAACUGCACCUCCUUGGGACCAUAUACAAUGAACAGCGAUAGUCUCUAUGUAAACGGGUACCAUGAGAAGCCAGUUCCCCAUCCUCCAGCUCAGCCCUACCCUAUUAAUUUCACAAUUACUAAUUUGAAGUUCAUACAAGACCUGACAAAACCAGACUCACAAAAGUAUAAGUACGUUGAGGCCACAAUAAUGACACUGAUGGAUAAUCUUUUUAAAAGCAGUGAAGUGAGCAACUCAUACCAGGGGUGUAGGAUUGUGGGAUUUGGAUCUCAACAAGGUGGAGAUGACACCACUGUUAAUAUAUUGUGUGAUUUCGAAUCCAAGAGUUCUGACCGGGCAAUCAAUAAGGUCAUAGUGUAUGAAGUGUUCAAAAAUGCAACACAUAACCUCAAAAAUUUGGGACCUUACAACCUUGAUAAAGACAGCCUUUAUGUCAAAGACUAUACAGAGAGAGACUCUUCACUCACCAUCCCCACCCCCACCCACACCCCCACCAGUCCUCUGACAGCCAUCAGCCCCACUGACAUGGUCUUUGACCUCAAUUUCACCAUAACCAACAGAAACUACAGCCCAGGCAUGCUGGAUGACACAAACUCACCUCUGUACAAGGAGAUUCAGGCCAAUGUAACAGCAAUGCUUGCUGCACUGUACAAAAACAGCACUGUAGGCAACAACUACAAGUACUGUAUAGUUACAAGUUUGAGGAUAGGUUCUGUAAAGGUGAGCUGCAGUUGCUUCUUUAAGCCAACAAAUGAGAUCAAAACCCUUGACAGUGACAUUAUUAAAGACACAUUUACAAAGGGAACCAACAACACUGAUUUACUGGGAGGGACGUAUGACCUGCAAAGAGACAGUUUAAGUGUAAAAGACACAACUGUUGCAAUCGUGCUUUCUCAGCCAGAACAAGAAUUCCCCUUCUGGGCCAUCAUUAUCAUUGUCCUUGGUAUCUUGUUUAUCCUGUUUCUGAUCUUCCUCCUGUGUUUUUUGUUGGCCAUGGUUAGACAGCGCAGGCGUAAAGACUCGUACCAGGUGAUGCAGGCUCCCCAUGGUCUGUACUUCCCCCACCUGAGAUGAAGAUGUUUUCCAACAAUUUAAUGAAUGAUUUGAGGACCCACAGGGGAAAAGGGCAAGAAAGAGGGCAACAUGGAGCCAAUGCAAUAUUUGUAUGCCUAUAUAUGUAUUCUGUGGUUAAUUAUGACUAUUAAAUGAUGUGCAAUAUAUUUAUUCAAGCUAUUAAGAAGACAUUUCUACUUGUAGUUUAUUUAUUUUAAUGGGUUAAUCUGUAAUAAAAAUGUUGGCCCUAUACAUUAAUAUUGUAACUUUGCAAAAAUAAAAAUAUCUCUCACUGUAACAUAGGUAGCCAAAAACACAAACUUAUUUUCACAGAUACAAAUAGAAUUAAUAUAUUUUGGAUGCCUCCAAAGUCAACAUAGAUUCAAAGUUGAGGCAGAUAUCCUAAAACAUGUUGUAACAUAUAGGGGAAUAGGUUAAAAUCAAUAUCAUUAGUGAAUCAAAUUAAUCAUUUUAUUGUACAUGCAAGUAAAUGUUAUAUUUGUAGUACCUGUAAUUAUUGAAAUUAUUAAAAUGCCAAUGGCAUGUUUUAUUUUUGAGAUUUCAAAUAAAUUAUUAUUCCUGAUGCAAA